GCAGUUUAUAGAAUAAUGAGUGACCUGAAACAAAUAAGUGAUCAAUCACCGGAUGGAGUAUCAGCAGCUCCAAGUGAUAAGAGAAAUUUAUUGAAUUGGACUGCAACAAUAGUAGGACCUGAUGAAACACCUUUCGAAGGAGGUAUCUUCAACCUCUCAAUAUCAUUCACAGAGCAUUAUCCAGAGCAACCUCCAAAGAUAAAAUUCACCACCGAUAUAUUUCAUCCAAAUGUUUAUCCAGAUGGAUCAAUAUGUUUGGAUAUAUUGACCACAAGAUGGUCACCUGUACAUACUUUAUACUCAAUUUUGACAUCUAUUCAAUCAUUGUUGACUGAUGAGAACCCAGAUUCACCGGCCAAUCCUGAGGCUGCCAACCUCUACAUCAGUGAUCGCAAAGCUUACCGAAGAAGAGUUAGACUUUAUGUGGAGAGAAGCUCAAAC